AUGGACAGGCAAGCUCAUCACGGUCAGCCGAAUGCCCCAAGCAGGCGUAGGGCUAAUAAGUCGAAGAAUCAUUCCCAGCAAGAUCCUGCCUCCCCUGAGUCUGGGUUAAAAGCCACAGACAAUCUCCCCUCAACAUUCGCGAAAGCUCGAGCUUUCAGAAAGAGAAGACCGAAACUGACAGAGUCUUCUAAGACUCAGCCUGACAACCACCGUCCGGCUCCUAGUGAUUCGAAUCCAAAUCCAACGGACGGGCAGAUCACUAUUCACUCUACAACACGCAACCUCGGAGCAUCACAGAAUGAGUCAGAGAGACUGAAUAACGCCGAGUCCUCAAAAUCCCCUGCUUGCUUAAUUUUGAGAAUUCAGGGACCUUCUAUUCCAAGUUCUGAAGCCCUGCACCAAAGACAAAGUGGAAGAGAGAAAGAUAAGGAGGCCUCAGGAAGUUACAGAACACGCGCGCCGUUUGACUGGCGACCUAAGAAAUUCCAUAGCAGAGCACCAGCUUCCACGCACCUCUCGCACCAGCCUCACACCCCACAGAAGAGAUCAAAACUGAGUCAAGUCAUCAACGCUGAUACAGCUCAGAUAUCACUCCAUUCACAAGGAAAUACAAAUAUGGGGGCCAAUUUCAAAGGUCGCAAUCAAAGACAGCUUCGGGGCGGAAGCGCGCAUCUGAACAGCGAUUCCCGGUAUAGGGCUCGUCCAAGAACAAUACAGCAGAUACCGAGGCAGAAUGCCAAUGGGACACCAAACAGACCUGCUGCGGUGGAAAAUCACACUCCCCCGGACGAUGUUGGCUGCCAGAUCAAAGGUCCGCCCGGCGUGCAAAAGGCUGCAAACAAGGCUCCAUCUCAAGAGGCCCUAGACGAGUUAAAGCGCCUUCAAGAAGAGAUUGUUUUGCAAGCCCACCUGAAUCGCUACAAAGACCAUGAAGACGACACAGCAAAUCCAGAGAGCCUUGCAAAAUGCAGGGACGGGCCGGGAACCGAUUCAAAAUCAGAUGUCUACAAGAUCAUCGCAAGGUGUAGGCUUGCAGCCAAUCCAAAUGCAACUUCUUCCAACCCAAGCUCUAUUCCAGAGGAUAAGUUCGAAGGGGACGUGAAUGAUAGAUACUUCGUCGAUGAAAUCAGGUCUCGCGUCCAGAAGUUUUACGCUGCGAAACUUGAUGCUCAGCGUGAAUCUUAUCAUAACAGCGUGUCCGUGUAUCCGGCCAUCGUUGACGGCCAGAUCUUUCUUUCGCGCUACCCAAGUGUGGAGCAUGAACGCCUUCAGAAAACUCCAUCGAAUGCUGAGCGCCAGACUGGCAAUCAGGACGACAGUCAUAAACCAGAGCACUGCUCCAAGGUUAAGUGGGAGGAUAGGUGGGAGAUGCGUCCUCGUGCUUGCUCUACCUAUGAAGGCUUUCGUGAUUGGUUCCGUCAUUGGCUAGAGAUGGAGACAGGCGAUAGCUCCAACAUUGACAUCCACCACCAAGCCUUUUUUGACGGAACCGCGCAUAUGGAUGGGAUCAAAUCUUUGUACGUUCUUGACUUGGGAGACGUCCCAACUCGUUUGGACAUGACGAGUGAAGCAACACGUCUCCAUCAUCAUGAAACGGCCGAAGGCUACUGCCACAACCUUGCAUUGCAUAUGAAAGCGGCAGAAGAGGAGGCGAGGACACGCAGGAAACAAGCUCGAGAUGCCUUCAUAGAAGGUCUGAAGGUCUGUUCUCCAAAGGAUCCGAAUAGUCCUAGAGCAAACGUCUAUCUUCGCGGUGUUGAAGACAGUGACAUACCAGGACUGCUCAUGAUCUUGAAUUGGUACGGCCAAAAGUCAAACUUGAGUUCAAGCUUAGGAACACUUGACGAACAAGAUGUGCGUCAGCGAAUUGAGGAUAGCAGGCGUGCGAAAUUGCCAUUUAUUGUGGCCGCAGAGCGCAGACGCGGACCAUCCGUCCACGACACCCCGGAGAAAAUCCUCGGAUAUGCUUUGGCUAGGGAUUCCUUGGGGCUUCAGACCACAGGUCGAUACACAGCGGAGCUAGAAAUUUUUAUCAAACCUGACCACAAACGCCGAGGCAUCGGAAAAUGUCUCUUGGACAAACUGAUUGAAGUUUGUGACGCUACUUACGUUCCCAAAAGGGGGUUCUUCUACGAUGCCGGUUGCGAUGACAAGACUGGCCUUUACCCGGGCGGUUCACGAACUCUCAAACGCCUUGUGUUUACCAUCAGCUAUUCGGUUCCCGAGAGAUCCCAGAUCAAGUGGCUCAUCGACUGGCUUGAAAGGGAUUACCACUUUGAACAGCAAGGCGUGCUCAAGGGGGCUCGAGUCAAGUUCGAGCGAUUCCUUGAUGUCAGCUACCUUACUCGCAACGCUGGUUACGACGACGGUGAUGCAUUUCAUGCUUGA